ACUGGUGGCUCGUAGUGUUCUUUCACUUAAGUUCACUGUAAUUGAUUCAAGGAUACGCUGAAAGCAAUGCCAAAUUAUUCAGUAGUGUAGCGCAAUAUUUAAAGCGACACCCUGCUGGUUGCGGCCCCCACAAUAUUAACAACACUCCGCUUGUAGGCAACGCUGAUCGGUUGGCCUUGUCGAAUUUGAAGAGGCGGUUGUGCCGUUUGAUGUAGCUCCUCGCUGUCACCUUCUCUUACGGCCAAUGUUAUAGCUACCGUUUGUGCGUUCCGUCAAGAGCUUUAUCCCGCUUACUGAACGGUUUUCCCGCGUUCCGCAGAAUGACGCAGGAGUCAGUUUGCAACCCGUCUGUCCACGCCUCCCAAGAGGAGCCGAGUUUGGAGUAUGAAUUCGCAACGACCACAACCCUACAUGGCGUCAGUCGAGUGGCGGGGAGCAGUGGGGCUCGAGCCAAGACACUAUGGGUCCUCGUGCUGCUGAUCGCCGGUGGCUUCUAUGUGGCCAUCACGGUCAUCCGUAUCCAAGCGUACCUGAAAUUUGAUGCCAACACCAACGUCAUCGUCAAAUUCAACGACGCCCUGGAAUUUCCGGCUGUCACAAUUUGCAACUACAACCGCUUCAUGAACAACAAGAUCUCCGAGGACGACACGAAAUAUGUUAGACACCUGCUAGAGCUGAACGAGGACUUGGUGGACUAUGAGGAGGAUUUCAAUUACACCCAUAUCGACGAUUUGUUUGGAGAAGGAUUCAACUACACCCAGUUUGCCCUGACCACUGGGUUCACACUUAAUGAAUCUAUGAUUCGCUGCGACUGGAAAGGUGUUGCGUACAGCUGCAAUGCCCUCAAUUUCUCGUCUUACUACUCGCCAUCCUACGGCCAUUGCUACACGUUUAACACUCGCGGUGACCAAAAAAGUCACGAACAAAGUCAGCAAGGCAUCGGCAAUGGACUUCAGCUGAUCGUCGACAUACGGCAGCCUGAAUACACAGAAACUUUCAAAAGUGGCCACUUGGAAGCGGGGCUGAAAUUUGCCGUUCACCCACGCGAUGAGUUGCCCUUGACUGAUACGAUGGGCUUAUCGGCAGCCCCUGGGUUUCACACGUACGCGUCAAUGCGUCGGGUACGCCACAUCAACCUCCCCGAACCGUGGGGCGUCUGUGGAACGGGGGGAGUAGACAAGUCAAGGAAAUACAGCCGGAACACAUGCCUGAGAAACUGUCGCCGCAAUGUGAUCAUUGCCCAGUGUAAGUGUCAACCUCUCGGAUACGAAAGGGCAGUCGAUCUGAACACAUCCGAGCCCGUACAGCUGUGUGACAUCGACCAGUUCCACUGUGUCACGCAGGCGCUUGACAUCUACCGAGUUUCGUUCUCCGCGUUGGACUGUACGUGCCCCGUCGCCUGCGACUACAUCACCUACGAGACAACGCUCUCCAUGGCAAAGUAUCCUAGCCAGAGCGUGAUCGUGGACGCCAUCGGCGCCGUUCAGGCCCAAAACUGGGCACGGCCGGGCGCUGUCGACGCCGCGUACUUGGACGAAAACCUGGUGUACUUGGAUGUGUAUUUUGAGGAGCUCAGCACCAUUACGUACAAGCAGGUGGAGGCUCUGUCUUUUACGGCUCUGGUCGGGGAUCUGGGCGGCCUACUUGGGCUGUUUCUUGGUGCCAGUGUCAUCACCGGGGCGGAGCUACUGGACUACGUCAUAAGACGAUUACAUUUACUUAUAUUGGUGAAGAGGCCCGCCAGAAAGGUACUGCCCAAUUUGUUUGGCAGGCCCAAUCGCCGCUAAACAACUACGCGUUCGGCAAGCAGCCGUCGCUUACCCUCUGUUUUGUGGGAAACUGCGCGAUUUGGAGGCAAGUGUACUGUAAAAUUGCUGACCACGCAGAAUUCCGCAACCGCGCGCGUAGGUAAACGCGCGCAGUAGAAAUUUACACGCACUUUUUUAAAAACAUUUUUUGCACCUCAUGAAAUUAUUCGCAUUCAAAUGCAACUUUGUCUUUGGCCUCCAUUGCACUCGUCUUGUCUUGCAAAGGUUUGGCACCAUUGGUAUCUUCACGACGCUUGCGGAAAUACUCCGAUUCGUGCAUUUUAAAUAUAUAUAUACAUAUAGCCAAGUUGACGUACAUCUAGUUGGAUUCCCUAAUGCAUUCCCGUCACUUAUUUAAAUGCCGUUAUAUGACUGGCUGGAUAUGCUUCAAUUUCGAUAUAAAAUAGCCAUCAUUUCCACUUUUAUGUGGCAUUUGUUGUUUUGGUUGUAUUUGAGUAGAUAGCGCGCGACUGUGUGUAAUUACUAUGUGAAUUUCCAAUCAGAUAAAUCGAGUCGAAAUUUGAACGGGUCAUACUUACAAAUUAUCGGCGGUUUUGCAGCAAACUACUUUUCGGAACCAACCCGAACGUAAACCGUUUCAUUUUGUACUGACGUUAUACUUGACGUUACUAAAUAGGAAAGAAUGUGUAAUACAAUGUACUUGGCUAUUUACAGCACUGAAUACUUGCAGUAAGCAGGCACACGAUCACAUCUGUAAAUAACUCUCGACAAAUGUACAUAUAUAUGUAUCACUUGUAUAUCACUUGUAUAAUUUAUCACUUGUAUAAUUUGUGUCAGAAAUUUUAUUACGUUUUAACCGAAUUGCUGAACUGAUGAAAAAUACAUAGAUACAUGAACUUUCGGUUUAAACAGACAACCAUAAAUAUUCUUCGUGGGUGUAACACUCCGGCAGAGGAGUACGACUGAGAUUGGGUUUAUCGGCCCAUGCUGCCGAAGAAGGCAAAUUUCCCUCUCACAUUCAUUCCAUCAGCGCAGAACACAGCCUGAUGGCCGUCUUACAGCGAGAGAAAGUUGCGAUUGUGACGGCGGUCAUUCAAGGGGCUAGACCUGGUUUGCCAUUGG